UAUUAAGCCUAAUUAAACACUUAGGGCUGAACAAAUCUGAGUUAGAGCUGGCCUGUCCUGCUGCUUCCGCUCUGUAGAAUUCAUCUAAGGCCUCUGCGGCUUAGCGCGGGGCCGUGGGCCGGCUGGUUAUUUACGAGGUGGGACCUGAUGCGUGAAGGCCCUCGCUGGAGCACCUCCGGGGUCGGUGAGCAACGAGUCAAUACUGCUCACGGCUUUUUUACUCCACAGCAAGCCGGCGCUCCUUUAGCCCGUCUUUAGAAACAACAUGAUAUGAUGAGCCAUUAACAUUACAUCCGUGUCCGCGCAUAGACGUGAACUGAAGCCUGCAGGUGAGAAAAAAGCUGACGCCACCGUAGUCGACGUGAGAAAAAAUCAGUGGCUCUAGCUUUUUCACCUUAUUUUUGUGUGUGUGGCGGUGGCACAGCGCCGUGUUUUCUAUAGGUCACCACGGACAAUGGUGAGGCCGCGAGUAGUGCACCUAUUGUUUGGGGGCUCACCACAGGGACUGUCAACAGUGUGGAAUGUCCCAGCGGGCUUAUAGGAACGGGACAGUUCAGGCCAGAGAGCUCAGGCGCUCACCUCCUCUGCUCUGGAACAGUCGCUUCAGCUCUUCUAUCCAGAGGUGGGAUGUAGGAACAAGACGGGGGGAAAGCAUGAGAAGGAAACGUCCGCGCUAGCAGGCAGAAGCUGCAUCGUCUGGGGGAGAUCGGGAAGCCGCCGGCAUGAGCUCCCGCGCCGGGGCCUCCGGCGAGAGUCGCCCGAGCAGAGCUGGAAACUGUGGACCCGAGGACGCCGGUGGGGGGAGUGGCGCUCACGCCCCUUGCUUCAAGGCGGUGAGCCCUGGUGUGGGAGGUGUGGGAGGCACAAAUCCGGAGGGGAGGCCGAGCAGCGUGGGGAAACCCGCCUGGCCUGAGAGGACGCCACACAGGAAGACCUGCGGCAGAGAGACACGCGAGGACGCGGCACAAGGCAGACAGGAGGAACAAAGGGCUGGAAGUGUGUCUGGGGUCCAGCCAAGGGGGUUGGAAGCCGGGGAAGGAUCGAGCGGCAUGUCUGGAAGUCACUUAGGUCCCAGGCCGUCCCAAAGAGCUUCACCCAGGACGGCUGACCACCACCGCAGCUCCCGCAGUUCACCAAGGGACCCGGAUCUGUUCUGGGCGAAUGUGAGAAGAGAGGCGGCAGCUGGGCAAUCGUCACAGACACGCAUCACGACUGUCACGAGCUCAGGGCUGGGAGAUGAAGAGGAGGAGGAGGAGGAGGAGGAAGACCAGGGCGCGGGGGAGGAGGAAGAGGAAGGAGGCAGGGGCCUCCUGGAGGUGAUGGGUCGAGGCGUGACCCUGGCACUGGUGCCUCCUGCUAGUCCCUUUGGAGAGAGAAGGACCAGUAAAAGAGAGAGGAACAGGACGCGGUGCCUCAGGAGGAGGCAGAGAAGGAGGGAGAGGUGGAGACAAAGCCAGCAGGAGAGCAGACAGAGCUCCACGGGGAACCCGUCCAGCAGCGGCAGCGAGGACGACGAGGACCCGAGGGACCGUGACGGCUACGUCUGCGCAGUGUGUCUGGACGUGUACUUCAGCCCCUACAUGUGUCACCCCUGCAGCCACGUCUUCUGCGAGCCGUGUCUGAGGACGCUGGCCAAGAACUGCCCCACCAACACCCCCUGCCCCCUCUGCAGGACGGUCAUCACGCACGUCUUCUUCCAGAAAGAGCUGAGCCAAACGGCCAGGACCUUCUUCCCAAAGGAAUACCUCACUCGGAAGCAGAACUUUCAGAAAGCCAGUUGUGCGAAGUGGCCUCUGCCGAGCUGCAGGAAGCUCUUCCGUAUCUUUGGAGGCUUCCAGAGGCCGUCCAGUCCCGUGGCUCGACGCCAGAUCCCCCGCGGAGGACGCUACCGCGUGGACGCGCUGGACUUCGAGGAUCGAUCCCAAGGCUGGCGCUUCGACCUGGACAUGAUCGUUAUCUACAUCUACUCCGUGAACUGGGUCAUAGGCUUCUUCUUAUUCUGUUUCCUUUGCUACCUCUUCUUCCCUUCAUUUUAACAACAGGGAAGAAGAUUAACUGAAUUGAAGAUUUGCUCUUUCGUGAGUUUUUAUACCAUUAGAACAUCUAUUUGCCACUUGUGGUUUUUCAGCCUAGAGAAGUUGUGUAACAUGCUUGUUUUUACGUAGGAUGAAUAGGAUUAACUUAUAGGACACGAGUUUACACAGAGUGCAAGCAUGUGAAUAAAAACACAUGAUAGACAUGCAACGAUGCAACAAUAGUUAGGAUGAUACCG